AUGUCGUUAAUAUUGGAAACGCUUGAAACAAAGAUCGGCGAAGGUGCAACUGAAGACAAAGCUGAUGGCAUAGUUGUUGUGAAUCCUGAUGAAAUGGAAGCAAACAAAACGAAUUUAGUGCCAGGUUUAGCCCUCCAAAAGCUUCGAAAUGAAUUGCAAUUUCGUAUGGCUCAAAGACGUUCAGAAGAAUUUAAUAAACGACUAAAACAACAGAAAGUAGAAAAGACAGGCUAUGAAUCAGACAUUCUGGAUGAUAAAUUACAUGAGAAUGAAGAUGAAUUGGAAUUAGAACUAAGUUCUUCAGAAGAUGAAAUUGAAUCAGAAGUGGAAAAAACAACACCGAAAAGAUAUGUUGAUUACAUUCUCUUGUGUUUAGAUAAGGAUUAUUUAUCACACACUUUAAAUUCCUUUAAUUCGUUUAAUAAGCAUAUGCAGUUCACUUGUAAACUUGAGGAGAUACUAGUAGAGGAUCUAGCAGAUGUUGCAGAAAGCCAGGAAGAGGAAGAGGAAGAGAAAAUUGAAACUAGUGGUAAAGAACAAAAUGAGGAAGAACUUGAAUAUGAUGAAGAUGCACAUGUAUCAGAAGCUGACGAUGAAAAUAGUGAAAGUGAAAAUUCUAGUGAUAGUGAAAGUGAAAAUAAUGAAAACUGUAUGAAUAAAAAUGAUGACACUUCAAAGAAAAUUCGGAAAAGAAUACAGGUUAUGAAUAGUUCAGAUUCAGAAGUUGAAAAUGAGGUGGAAGAAGAUUCAAAGAAAAGGGAGAGCAUAGAUUUGUUCCAAACACAAAACGAGGAUGAAAUAAUUCCUCUACAUCAGACAAAGCUUGCAGAGCCACAAACCACUCCUCAAUAUAAAUGCCAUAAUAGUUCUAAAGAUUCCGAGUUGAAAUUAUCAUCUCCAACUUGGUUAACAGAAAAUACUCAAAUGACACCAAUUCCACAGAUUAUUAGCGACACCCAAUGUUCAAUCGCAUCAGCAGAUAAUCAGGCACAAAAUUCUUCAGCAGUAAAAAGAUUAUUUUUAGAAUCUACUGAAAGUACGCAGCAUAAUAAUCCUUUUCUCUCAACCCAAAAUGAACUUGCUAGUCUAAAAUGUGCUGAAGAUGAGUUACUCGAGCUGUGUUCUGGACAAUUUCCUACUCAAGUUUCUAGUAAACAAAAUGAAAAUAAUGAUACCGAGGAACCACAAAGUAACAUAAAGCUUUGUUUAUCUGAUGAGAAUUCUAUAUCAGAUGUUCUGAAUACUGUUGAAAAUAAUGAAGUGAUCGGUGAGAAGAAACUUAAAAGAAAAAAAAAGAAAAUAACAACUAAGCCGUUACAAUUUUCAGAUGAUGAAGAAAGUGAUGAAGAAAAUGAUGAAGAAAAUGAUUUUGAGGAUGAAGAAAUUGAAGACGUGAUGCAAGAAGAGGCAGAAAAAAUCUAUGAAUAUGAUUCAGAAGAAAAUGAAGUUGAGAUAAUAGCAGACAAGAAAAAACAACAAAAAUAUGUUGAACGUGAAUUUUUUGAAAAUGAAGCUGAACUAUCAGAUUCAGAAUGGGGUUCAGCGGAUGAAGAUGAAAGGGGUCUUGAUAUUUAUGAUAAAGAAUUGGGUGAUGAAGAUCAUAUUGAUACCAUAAAAGUUCGAGGAGAAUUGGAAAGGAUACAUAUGCGUCAAGUUUUGGACGAGGAUAAACGGGAUGUACGAAUUUUGCAAGAAAUGUUGUUAGAAGAUGGUGAGAAUCAUGGAGAUGCUACUAGAGAAAGAAAGUUCAGGUGGAAAAACGCAGGUGAAGGUUUUAGCCUAGAUGAAAAAACUGAGGACCAAAAAACUGAUGAACAAGUUAGUGAAGAUGAAGAUCAAACCGAAUGGCGGAAAAAUAGGUUUGAACGGGAAAAAGUAUUACGUGAAAAACAGAUGCAGAUAGAAGAAAUUAGUGAUUCAUCAACAUUGUUAACUGACACAUUAUUAUCAGAAACAUUAUCUGAGAAAAAAACUAAAUUGACUGUGAGAAAACCAAUCCUUGAACAAGUUGUCACAGUUGGAAAAGAAGAGUGUUUUUUCUCCAUGGGCAGUGCUUUAAAGUCAAAUCGUGGAUCAUUUUUAAAAAGAGAUGAAGCAACACUAUCCCGACUGUCAGCUCUUACAAAAAUAAAUGUGGAUGAUCCAGAUGGUUCAAGAAAUUUAGGAAGUUCAGGAAAGGGAAACUUUGUGUUUGCUACUUUAAGCCCCGCACCAGAAAAGUUGUCAAUAGAGGAAAAGACUAAAAAACGUGCUCCUACUGAAGAUUUGAGCAGCAUCAGUAAAAAAGUGAAAAAAACUACAGUAAACAAGAAAUUAUUGUUGGAUUUUUUAGAAUAAUAUUUAAAAUGGCAUAGAUUUGUUUUUCUUAUCCA